CAGAGGCCUGUUGCCUUCAGGCCCUGCUCGGGCGCUUCUUGGGCCAUGAGAGGCCGGGCUUGGUCCGGGGCCGGUUGCCAAUCCCUGCUAUAUUGCAGCUAUACAAAAAGGGGCUGCCUGGAGUCUUAGGUCUGCCAUUAUGUCUUGGAAACCUGCUUCAAAGCAGUGUGAUGAACCUGGGCUCUUUCCCAGAAGGCUCUGUCAGAUCCAUCUGGGAAAGAGAACUUAAGACCAUGUGGGACUUUUCCAGGAUCUCUGCCAUCAAUGGGCAAAGAAAAGCACUCUGUGCUAGCUUGCGAGCACCUUAAAUACCCUGCUGAAAGCUUGGGAUUUCUGGUCUGUGCCUUGUCAGGAUAAUGCAGUGUCCAAGAAUUCUGCUUUUUUGGCUAGUUGUACUGAAGUUAUGAGAGGCACCAGUUCCUUUUUCUCCCUCUCCCCUGAAUUGUCUGAAGUUGGGGAAAGUUCUGACAAUAAGUACUUGGUCUGUCACAUUGUUCCGUCGAUUUCUCUCCCCACCUGCUCACUGUCCCACUUUCUCCAGAUGGCAGUGCGGAAGAUUCUCAUUCUUUUUGGCAGUCAGACGGGGACUGCCGAAGACACUGCCGAGAGGAUUGGCUGGGAAGCCAAGCAGCGCCACUUCCAGUGCAGAGUCGAGGCUCUGGACAGCUUCAAUGUGGCAAUGCUCAUCCAGGAGCCCCUGGUGAUCUUCGUCUGUGCAACGACGGGACAAGGGGACCCGCCGGAUAACAUGCAGAAUUUUUGGAGAUUCAUAUUCCGGAAGAACCUGCCUUCCACCUCCCUGUGCCAGAUGGACUAUGCCGUUCUGGGGCUUGGAGAUUCCUCAUACCCCAAGUUCAACUUCGUUGCCAAGAAGCUGCACAAGAGGCUCCUUCAGCUCGGGGGCAGCCCCAUAGUGCCCGUGGCCUUGGGAGAUGACCAGCACGACCUGGGGCCAGACGCAGUGAUCGACCCCUGGCUUUCCAGCCUGUGGAAAAAGAUCCUGGAUUUGUACCCUCUUCCUUCUGGCCUCCGCAUCCUCAGUCCAGAUAUCAUCCUGCCGCCAAAGUACACCUUCCAGUUUCUGGAUGAGGCCUCCGCCGAAGCCCCGCUUCCUCAGGAAGAAGCCUCCAGGGGGCCCCCCUCGGAGCUGCGCCCCUUCCUCGCCCGGAUGGUGUCCAAUCAAAGGGUGACUUCGGAGCUGCAUUUCCAGGACGUCCGCCUGAUUGAGUUCGACGUCAGUGGCUCCGGAAUAGAGUGCGCCGCUGGCGACGUGGUGAUGAUCCAGCCCUGCAAUCCUCCCGAGGAGGUGCAGCUCUUCUGCCAGCUCCUGCGCCUGGAUCCUGACAUGUGCUUUGUGGUGAGGCCGGCAGAACCAGACACGCCGCUCCCUGCCUUCCUGCCCCAGCCCUGCACCAUCCGCUACCUGGUCAGCCAGUACCUAGACAUCACCCGUGUGCCCCGUCGCUCCUUCUUUAAGCUCUUGUCCUAUUUCUCCCCGAAUGAACUGGAGCGAGAGAAGCUGCAGGAAUUCAGCUCCGCGGAGGGCCAGGAGGAUCUGCACGCCUACUGCAACCGGCCCCGCAGGACCCUGCUGGAGGUCCUCUGCGACUUUCCCCACACGACGAGCGCCAUCCCGUGCGGUUACCUGCUUGAGCUCAUUCCUCGGAUCAGGCCCCGCGCGUUCUCUAUCGCCUCCUCGAUGCAGGCGCGCCCCGACCGCAUCGAGAUCCUCGUGGCCGUGGUGCAGUACAAGACCGGCCUGGUCCAGCCCCGGCGUGGCUUGUGCUCGACGUGGCUGGCCUCCCUGAAUCCCCAGAACGGGGCGGUGAGGGUGCCUGUCUGGGCGAAGAGGGGCAGCAUGACGUUCCCGGCAGAGCCACACACGCCCGUGAUCCUGAUCGGCCCCGGCACGGGAGUGGCGCCGUUCCGAGCCGCCAUCCAGGAGCGGGCAGCACAGGGCAAGAAAGAAAACUACCUCUUCUUUGGCUGUCGACAGAAAAGCAAAGAUUUUUACUGCCAGGCGGAAUGGGAAGCACUUGUGCAAAGGGGGUUCCUGACGCUCUUUGUGGCCUUUUCCCGGGACCAGGGUCUCCGCAAGGCGUCGCUCCAUCGUAGCCCCUUUGUCUCUCGGCUUGGGAGUGAGGAUGGGGUCGCAGCCGGCUGGCGAGACGUCCGUGUCCCUGCAGCUCUGGCCAGCCACAGACCAGCCUUUGCGUGGGAAUGAGAGCCGGGGGCCCUUCCCUCGCCUUACGGUCGCCCUCAGGAAGGGUGGCUUUUGCACGGCACGGCAUGGCACGGCACAGGUCGGGGUGCAUCGGCGUCCGUGUGGUCCUCUUCCCCACAGGAGGAGAAGGUUUACGUCCAGCACCGGAUCAGGGAGAACAAGGUGCUUGUCUGGGACCUGCUGAGGCGCGGUGCCCACGUCUACCUGGCUGG